AUGUGGCUCAUCAACUGGUUCUACGAUGUUCUCGCCUCGCUCGGCCUGCUCAACAAGCACGCCAAGCUUCUUUUCCUGGGUCUCGAUAAUGCCGGCAAGACUACCCUGCUGCACAUGCUGAAGAAUGACCGCGUCGCCGUCCUCUCCCCCACCGCCCACCCUACCUCCGAGGAGCUUGCUAUCGGCAACAACCGCUUCACGACCUUCGAUCUGGGCGGUCACCAGCAGGCUCGUCGUCUCUGGAAGGACUACUUCCCCGAAGUCAGCGGUAUCGUCUUCCUCGUUGAUGCUAAGGACUACGAGCGCUUCUCCGAGUCCAAGGCCGAGCUCGACGCCCUUCUCGCCAUGGAAGACCUCGCUAAGGUCCCCUUCCUCGUCCUCGGAAACAAGAUCGAUCACCCCGACGCCGUGAGUGAGGAUGAGCUCCGCCACCAGCUGGGUCUGUACCAGACUACUGGUAAGGGCAAGGUCCCGCUCGAGGGCAUCCGUCCCAUCGAAAUCUUCAUGUGCAGUGUUGUCAUGAGACAGGGCUACGGCGAGGGUAUCCGCUGGUUGUCCCAAUACGUCUAA